GCGGCGCGCGGCGCGGCGCAGAGGAAGGCGGCUACCCUGGACAGCGCAUCGCGGCCGCGCGGCCAUGGAGCACCUGAAGGCCCUUGAUGAUGAAGUCAAUGCUCUUUUGGACAACAUGUUUGGACCAAGAGAUCCUCGCGUUCGAGGGUGGUUCCUGUUGGACUCUUACCUUCCGACCUUUAUCCUUACCAUCACAUAUCUGCUAUCAAUAUGGCUGGGUAACAAAUACAUGAAGAACAGGCCUGCUCUUUCUCUCAGGGGAAUCCUCACCUUGUAUAACCUUGGAAUCACAUUUCUCUCUGCUUAUAUGCUGGUGGAGCUUAUCCUCUCCAGCUGGGAAGGAGGCUACAACUUGCAGUGUCAGAACCUAGACAGUGCAGGAGAAGGUGACAUCCGGGUAGCCAAGGUCUUGUGGUGGUACUACUUCUCCAAACUAGUGGAAUUCCUGGACACGAUUUUCUUUGUUCUUCGAAAGAAGACAAGCCAGAUCACCUUUCUUCACGUCUAUCACCAUGCCUCCAUGUUCAACAUCUGGUGGUGUGUUUUGAACUGGAUACCUUGUGGUCAAAGCUUCUUUGGACCAACCCUGAACAGUUUCAUCCACAUCCUCAUGUACUCCUACUAUGGGCUCUCCGUGUUCCCGUCCAUGCACAAGUACCUUUGGUGGAAGAAGUACCUCACGCAGGCUCAGCUGGUGCAGUUUGUACUCACCAUCACGCACACGCUGAGCGCUGUGGUGAAGCCCUGCGGCUUCCCCUUUGGUUGUCUUAUCUUCCAGUCCUCCUACAUGAUGACGUUGGUCAUCCUCUUCUUAAACUUCUACAUUCAGACAUACCGAAAAAAGCCAGUGAAAAAAGAGAUGCAAGAGCACCCUGCAGAGAAAGAAGUGAAGAAUGGUUUCCCCAAAGCCCAUUUCACUACAGCUAAUGGCAUGAUGAACAAGAAGACACAGUAAAAUGAAGUGACAGGAAAGCAUAAACACUGCGGCAGCCUAACAGAUGAGCUUGUUUUAAAGCAAAGACUGAAUUGAAAGUUGUAUGUUUUAGCAUAAACUAAUUCUUUUUGAGUUUGUAAAUCAUUUGUACCCAGAAUGUAUUAUAAUAUAUUGCUAUUAGGUUACUCUAUUAACUGAAGCAGUGCCGACCUCUACAAACCUCAGAACAGGUGCACAGUCCUCUCCUGAGCUCUUCGUAAAGCCUUAUUCGCACAGAAAACCAGGAGAAACGGGCUUUGUUUUUUUGUGGCAAGUCUUCAGAGUUAAUUUUCUUUAGAUGAAAUAUGUAAAAAUGUUAAUUAUAUUGUGAAUGUCAGGGUCUGUUCUAGUCCGUGUCAAGCAAUAACUGUGAGUACAUAUAUUGCUCAGUCCACUGUCCCUCACGGCAUCAGCCCCAGGAAGCAUGUAAAUGGGAUCCUUAACAAGAUAGAAUCUAGAAAAACUCCUCCCUCUCUCAAGCCAAGAGUCUCAUCUGCUACAUUUUUAACCACCCCUGACUCUAAACUUAGUGACGUGGUAACAAAAUUCAUUAAUCGUCAACAUAGUUUGAGGAUUAGUCAUUCCAUGAAAGAGCAGCUUCUUGAGGUGGGUGUGGUGUCACGAUCAGUGAUCCCAGUAUUUGGGUAUUGGGACAGCCUGGGGGUACACAGGCAUAAGACCCUGUCUCAACCAGAACUUUUUGCCAAAUUGUCAUAACUCAGGGACUUUGGACAGGAGCUCUCUGUUUCAAUUGGCUUCUUUACUCAUCCCUUUCUGUCUACCUCCUGUGUUAGUCUGUAUUGGUGGAGUCACACUCUCCAUUUCAAAAUCUAGUGUCUCCAUAUACCUGCCUGCCUUUUCUGAACAGAGGCUGGAGUCCAAUUGCAAUUCUUCUUGCCACAGAAAUGCAACUGGAAUACUGACAGAUCAUAAUCAACAGAGCCCCAGGGCAAAAGAGACAUCGAUCGCUUUGUCAACGGUUGCUUCUGAGCCUGCUCAUGAGUGCUAUCCCAAGUAGUUGCCAUCAAUCUUCGUAAGUUGAAUUUCAGGAAAGAGAAAAAAGGAUGUAGCUAUUUGGAAAGAUUCUGUGGGUUGGGAAUAAGCCAUAAUGAUAAUGUGUCUGAUGCAAAUAGCACAUGCUCUUCCUGCUCAGAACUGUGGCCUCCACUGAGAAGCUAGUACAAAGGCAGACCAAGGCACUGGACUGCUUCCCUCUCCCCAACCUGAUGGACCACCACUGGUAAACUGUACCAAGCAUGAAAAAGUUCAUUUCCCCAAAUUUUCAUAAAACACGACUCACCAACUUUGACUGUUUUCCUCCAUUUUAGCAAAUAGGUUGUUGGUUCAUGGCACUGACAUCCAGUGCAUGGGCACCAGGUAGGCUUUCCUCAAGUGCCAACAGUGGUGCCUGCCCACCCCUCUCUUCCCUUUCUGGGCAAGCUCCCAUUUUAACUUUUCACCGUUCACCGUUAAAAAAUUAUACUGACUUUUAAAACUCGUAAGUGUGCCGCCCUUCUCACUGGUGUGUCCUGUGCCAUCCCCAUUGUUACCGCAUUGAACAGACUUUGUCUGGCAACCACCUACUCUUCAGUGUAUUUUCUAAAUGAUUUUCUCAGACUGAUCUGCUCCCAGGUGCUUUAUUACCACCAUCUCUCGUGACUUUAGACUCGUUGCUGUAUUUCCCUUUCCCGAGAAUUCAUUUGAAGGGUCAGCUUUGAGUACGCUUGUUCUUCUAUGACAAGACCAAAGGAACAAACUCCUUGAUGAAACGGAAGGUCAGUUUUAGUUCUCAAACAUGUUCCACGAUCUGUUACUAAAAUGAAUUCUGGGUAACGCUGAGACGCAAGAGGCACCAACUUACUCUUGCUGCCAGUGAGAGGCGCUAAAGUCUCACUGUGCAUCACCUUCCGUGUUGGCCGUCUUCAUGGCAUCACACCUGCGCAGCACAGAGGGCAUCGUCGCUAUGGCAGAUCAACAAUGGCAGCUCAAAGUACCAGCCGGCUUUAAACCUCCUAGAGCAAAGCUCAGUGCAACACCAAGCCUUAAACCACACAAGGGUUAACAAAACAGGCAGAGCUAUGACGCCUGAGCUGCACAAAUGUGAUCUGGUAAAUAUUUUAACACAUUUAUUCUUAGCGUCAAUUUCUAAAACAGAAGUUUAAGAAAUUUCUAUCUCUAUAAUCUGAUUUUUUUUAAAGGUGUGUUUUCCCAAGUAAAUUCCCUUUUAUUCAUGAGAAUACAAGUACUUGGCUACUAUAAAACCUUAAUUUCCCCAACUUUUAAAAUAAAAUGGAAUAUUUGCUGAAUGUAAUUAAGCAUAGAAAAUGUCAACCCAUCAGAGUUAUAUUUAUACAUAUUGGUGGAUAAGUUCCUGUCUUCCCACAUUAGAGAAUUAUUUUUUUACAAAAUGGGCAGAAUAGCAUUUUUAUAUGUUAGAGACCAUUCUACUCUAGUCCUGAACAUUCCUGUGUCAUUUAAGAAUGUCAGCAGAAGUCCCUCCUUUGGAAAUUGAGAGCUUUUUGUUUUUCUUUGAAAGUACUGCAUCUGAAGAACACAGCAUCAUGACUGGGGUGGACAGGGGGGCAGGAGCCAUUUUUCAUUUAGAUAAAAAGCACUCUUUGUGAUUGUUGUAUAAUAAAUUGAUUUUUAUGCUAAAA